AUGAGUAUCAGCAGCAGCAACAAGAAUCCCGAAGAGCCCUUGGAUGUUCUGAUUAUUGGCGGGGGUCUUUCUGGCGUCUUGUUGGCACACAAGAUUCACAAGGCCAAUCCUGCCACCAAGUGGGCUCUGCUGGAAGCCCGCUCCGUGCUGGGAGGACGAUUGGCCAACGAUGACAAGGGUCGUCUGAUUGACUUGGGUGGUGCCUGGGUUUGGCCCAGUCAUCAACCCCACAUGAAGGCACUGCUCAAGAAGGAUCUUCCCUCAAUCAAGACAUUUUUGCAACCGGAUGAUCCUUCGUCGACACGCAUUGACGGUGGAGCCGUUGAAAUGAUCCACCAGUUGGCAAAACAGCUUCCCAAGGAUCAAAUCCAUCUUGACUCUCCCGUGGAACAGUGCACCGUGUUGACAUUGACGAGUAAUGAGAAUGAACAACAAUGUGCUGAAAACAACAAUAGACUCAUUCGAGUGGGUACCAAGACAGGCCACAGCUUUGUCGCCAAGACCGUGGUACUGGCAGUACCACCCCGAUUGGCUUCCAAACACAUUCAAUUCAGUCCACCUCUCACCGCCCCAAAGCAAUCUGCCAUGAGCUCGAGUCAUACCUGGAUGGCGGGUGUCACCAAAGUGUCAUUGGAAUAUUCCACAGCCUUUUGGGGCCAGGACAUGUCCAAUAUGGGCUUGCCUCGCAGCCAUGUGGGACCAGCCUUUCAAAUGUACGACGCAUCCACCAUGGAUGGUUCGGUUCAUGCAUUGACAUUCUUUUGCUUAGUGCCACCCGACGCCAACACGAAUGACCAAGCCUUGGCCGAUCAGAUUGUCAAUCAAGUGGCCAUGGUGUGGAAGCAUUACGGUCAAUUCGAAAUGGCGCAAGGCCUCCAAUCCUAUACACAAGUCCAUGUACAGCAAUGGCCGCGAGAACCGUACAUUUCCGAAGACGAAAAACCCAACACCAUUCAUCCACAUCCCCAUCCGGUCCGGGUCUUGUCCCAACCAGAGUGGGACGGACAAUUGCUCUUUGCCGGCAGUGAAACGGAUUUGCAAUCGCCGGGAGUCAUGGAGGGAGCCGUCGGUGCCGCUCAUCGUGUCUACUCGCAGCUACAACAAGCGCGGAUACCACAAAACGCAACAGCAGCCACAAAGUAG